CAAACUCAGACUCAGCUUUCGCGUGACGGCGUGGGUGGCCAGCUGGUUCCAGCCCCAUCUCUGGUCCGUGACCGUUCACUUUUGUAAAAAGAUAAAUCGACUUCACGCACAAAGUCCAAAGCACAUUCAGUACUACAUACAUAGAUUGUUGUACUUUAUCAUAUAGUAUUGCAAGCAGUAUGAAGUUAUCUGUGGUAGCAAUGACGGCCUUGAUUGGCUCGUCAGUCGAGGGUAUGCACACAACCGAAGGGCUAUGGCACGGAUUUCUCGGCAACUCAUUUGAGGCCGUGAUGAACUAUAUGUCAUGGAAUGAAGAGAAGUCUACAGUCUUUGGUCUGAAGCACCCCAACCCUGCGAAUAAGGACAAUGUUGUUCCUGAGGGCAUGUGUGACAAUGUGAACUCCGUUUCGGGCUACUACCCUGCCACUAAGAACAAGAAGUACUGGUACUGGGCUUUCGAGAGCAGAAACGAUCCUGAGAAUGAUCCCGUGGUGCUUUGGAUGACCGGCGGUCCCGGUUGCAGUUCCCAGAUCGCCUUGUUCAUGGAGAACGGACCCUGUCAGAUCAACGACGACAGGAAAACAACACGCCCUAAUCCCUACUCAUGGAACAUGAGAGCAAAUAUGAUCUAUAUCGAUCAACCUGCAGGAGUUGGCUUCAGCACGGGCCCUGUGAACGACACUGGUGAAUGGGACGUAGCACCUGAAAUGUAUUCAUUCUUGCAAGCAUUUUUUAACGCCAACCCCAAUCUGCGCGAUAACGACUUCUACGUCUUUGGAGAAUCCUAUGGUGGUCACUACGUGCCGGCUGUAUCGUCAUUGAUUCAGAAGAACAACAUCGAAAUAAAGUCUGAUCCCGAUAUCAACCUCAAGGGUAUUGGAAUCGGAAACGGUAUGGUGGACCCUGAGAUGCAGGAGCCACAGUACGCAGAGUACGCCAAAUACAACUCGUACAACAGGCUUGUCAAUGAAACCACAUACGAGAAUAUGAAGAAAACUUCUGAAGAAUGCCUGAAGCAAAUAAGUACCGGGGUCUGCAAGAGAGGUAGCAACCCCGCUGACUGCGAGAAGACUCUAGGAGUGUGCGCAGGGGGAUCAAUGGGCCCUAUCCAUGAAGCAAACUACAAUCAGUACGAUGUGCGAGAAAAAUGUACUAUCAAGCCACUCUGCUACGAUUUUUCGGCCGUGAACGAGUACCUGAAUAACGACUAUAUUCGUGAAUGUUUGGGUGUCGAGACUGAACUCGAUUGGGAGCCAUGCUCCCCCAAGUUCGAGAAGCUGUUCAUGUUUGACAGGAUGGCGAGUUAUGCUUCUAAUGUUACCCUACUGUUGGAAGAAGGCAUUCGAGUGCUUGUGUAUGCAGGAGAGGCCGAUUAUAUCUGCAAUUGGAUGGGUAACAGGGCGUGGGUGGACGCUCUCUCAUGGCACGGAAAGGCUGGUAUGAACGCCGCUGUCGAUCGCCCUUUCAUUGUUGCCGGGAAGGAGGCUGGCAUCGUGAAAAACUUCGACAUCUUCACUUUCCUAACCGUGCAUGAUUCUGGACAUAUGGUUCCGCUGGACCAACCGGAAGCGGCUCUGGCUUUGUUCAAUACCUUCAUCGAGGAAAAGAGUUUUUAAGCCUAAAUAUGGAUAUGGUUUAAGGGCGUUCAUGCGUCAAGAUUUAAUAUUGCAAGGAAUUAUAUGCCUGAUGUAUGGGAUGAGUUCUUGUGUAGACUCUUGAGAAGGGUACAGAACAAUAGUAGAUUGUUGUAGGAACCAUAAAAACGCUAAUCUCAUUCACUGAUAUCGGCUAUUCUGACACUAUUUCUGUUGUGAGAGAAUGCAAUCGCGAUACUUAAGAGUUUCUUUCUAUGACUGAGUUCUAUUUUGAAGACUCGUUCAAUCGAAGCUUGACAUUACAUACUACAAUGUUAAUUAAUGCAUUUUAUAGUAUUAUUGACGAGGUAUCUCAAUGCGGAUCAUCUUAUCCUUGUCCAUGACAUGCAAAAAAGUCACGCUCGGAAAACAGUAGAUUGAAUCGUCACAUGUAUAUCCAUAGUCUAGACCUGUACACCUGGCUGUAGAGAUACAAUGAGUGUCGUGUUGUCAGUGCUGUCGUAUACUAAGAAGGGAAUGAUCGGAUCACACUCAAUUCGAAGAUUUCAAAAAAUAAUAUAAAGAGGCAGCAUGCACUUGAAAUUAAACGAGACUUGAAAUAAAUGGUCAGGGACACCAUAGUUUUGGCUGGCCUGGUAUGUGACAUGUCGCCAUAAAAUAAAGCAUUUAUUUGUCGUCUGUUUGCGGAAAGCUCGCAAAAGGCGUAGCAUGUCGGAUGGCAGUGAUAGUCAUAUUACUAUCAACAGAUCUGUGUGGUGAUGCGGUGGGGUUGUCAGUGUCGUCGUUGACUAAAAAAGGGAAUGAUCGGAUCACACACUAAAAGGCAGUAUCGCACUUGACAUUGAGCGAGGCCUUUUAAAAGCAAAUAGUCAGGGACACAGGAGUUUCUGCUGGCCUGGCACUUAUGUAUACAACAACGACAUGUCGCCGUAAGAAAAAAGGCAUCCAUUUGUCGUUUGUUUGCGG